AUGACAUCACCCAGCAACUACUCUACCACUCCCGUUUCUGAAUUCCUCCUCAUCUGCUUCCCUAACUACCAGACUUGGCAGCACUGGCUGUCCCUGCCCCUCAGCCUCCUCUUCCUCCUGGCCAUGGGGGCCAACGCCAUGCUACUCAUCACCAUCUGGCUGGAGGCCUCUCUUCACGAGCCCAUGUACUACCUGCUCAGCCUGCUCUCCCUGCUGGACAUCGUGCUCUGCCUGACCGUCAUCCCCAAGGUCCUGGCCAUCUUCUGGUUUGACCUCAGGUCCAUCAGCUUUUCUGCCUGCUUCCUCCAGAUGUUCAUCAUGAACUGCUUCCUCCCCAUGGAGUCCUGCACAUUCAUGGUCAUGGCUUAUGAUCGCUACGUGGCCAUCUGCCAC